UUUGUCAUGGACAGAACAGUCAGGAUGAUUCACUAGUUGUUAUAUCAUCUUAUCAGCAGAAAUGAAACCAUCCAUUGGUGCUCACUGUGUCAUCACAAUCUCAUACAAGCUCUCUCAACAAAAUUUCUCACUAAAAUGCCAUUGUGGGCAGCCAUGCGAGCAUAUCACAGUUAACACAUCAUUGCUUGUCUUACAAAGCAGAAAUCCACUUCAAGCAAAGAGAAUCACUCCCUUUUAGAAAUGCGAACAAAGCAGAAAGUUUUUAAGAGGAGAGGUGGAGCAGAUAACUUCCUGUAUCUCCUGCUCCCUGAACACCCAAUCACUGUUGUUUUGCUCCAGUAUGUCCAUUGCUUCAUCAGGAUCAAGCUCAACCUUCCGGAUCUCCCGAUCGAUGGGUGAUGCAGGCCUUGCUACCUUGGAUUCGGAAGUCUACUCUGGGAAUUUGGGAAUCAACAGUGUUGUAUGCGGGACACAAAUAAAGUCUUAUUUGACAUUGACGCAUUUCUGAUGAUGAUGUUGCGACGACUAUGGCGACAUCCCCGUUUUCUAGUCACUUUCGCCUUCGUCUGUGGCUUAAGCAUCCUGGUCUGGCUCAAUGUAGCACUGUCGCAUCAAGAAGACAGAAUCCACCAGCUUCAACGUCAGGAGAGAGUCGCGCAGCUUAAAUCUCACAUCAAUAUACUCAAGGGAGACAACUCUACUCACGCUAUUAAAAGCACGAAGAAGAAAAUACCAAAAGUGUUCAUCUACCCACUUCCGCCAAAGUUUAACUAUGAUAUUGAAAACUGUAUAUCUCCAAGCAUACACAGGAACGGUCGCUUAUUUAGUUGCUUCAACCUGAGCAACAAUGGCUUCGGCGAUUUCAUGUACGAGAAAGGCGAUAUGAGAGUUCAUAACACAAAUCAAUUCUCCCUGGAAGUUGUGAUGCAUCACCAGCUGGCUCACAGUCGAUACCGAACUUAUGAUGCAGAUGAAGCUGAUGUGUUCUACAUUCCAUCGUACCUUGGUGUAAUGUUCUUCUGCAAAAGACUCUCAAUGAACGUGUCGUCAAUGACAACAGAACUGUUCGAUAUGCUCAACACUUGGCCAUAUUUGAAACGGGGAAAACCUCACUUCGCAGCUCUGGCUAAAAUUGAACGGGAACAAUGUUCAAAUAGGUAUCCAUACCUGAAGAAUCCUCACUGUCGAAAUGUCACAUAUCUGGGAAUUGAAAAAGAGGCAACGGUAUCGUGGAGAAGUCAAGUUGGAAUACAGAAUCAACGACUUAUUGUAGUCCCGUACCCUUCGUACGUGCAUCGUAACACAUUGUAUACAUAUUCCCAGGCCAUAAACUCGCCUGGUUUGGACCAGAGAAAAGUCUUCUUACUUCUCGCUUCAAGCACAAGGAGAAGUAAUGGCUUCCGAGCCAUUCUUAUAGAUCAGUUUACAAACAAAAUAAGAGACGUAAGUAAAGCGAAGUAUUUAAAAAAAUGCUACAACACUUCCUGAACAGCUGAUGCUUGUGACUGAUGAGUGCUCGGAGACCCAUCUGAACAUCACGAUUGAAUGGAUGGAGAAUAGCGUGUUUUGUCUACAACCCCAUGGAGAUUCGCCAACUCGCAAGAGUUUCUACGACAGUAUUCAGAGUGGCUGCAUCCCAGUGAUUUUCAAAUUCAUUAAUCAGAAUGUGGUCUAUCCAUUUCAAGAUGCUCUAAAUUAUACAGAUUUUGUUGUAAGCGUUGAUGCAUACCACAUAGACACUCACAAGGAGAACAUACUUGAUAUAUUGAGAAAAAUACCUCCAAAUGAGAUAGAACGGCUGCACAAGAACGUGGUACGUGUUGCUAGGCAACUUCAGUAUAGUGUUCCGGAUAGUGUUUUUGUUGAAAACCACAAGAAAGAACAUUUUGUGGAUGCUGUUGAUAUGAUAAUGCAUGAGAUAACCAAAAUAUACAAUUUAUAAGUGAAAAA